AUGUCGCGUAGAGCACUUGUUUCCAUUCUGAGAUGGUUAAUCUUUAACAAUUUUCAGUACCAAUCAGACUUUUCGGAUAUCGAAUGCAAGGAGAGGAGGACUUUUUUAGAAGAGAAGGAGUCAAAGAAAUAUUUGAAACUUGGUAAAUCAGGAAAAAUCUGGAAAACUUAUUUUCGUCCCUUUAAAAUUUGUGCAAAUGAUUAUGAAGAGAUAUCUAUUAUCAAAGACACUGCCAAAAUUUCACAAGAUAAUCUUCUUCAACGUAUGAUCGUAGGUUUUUCGCAUCAAAGUUGUGUCAUCGAAGGGAAUUCAUUAGGAA